AUGUCGAGUAGCAAGAGGAUUAUAGACAGGCGUAGCAGGAGUGUUACAUUAGGGGUGUCGACGGGAAAACCAAAGGUGUACAAAGAGUCGUGGUGGUGGAACGAAGAAGUGCAAAAGAAGAUAAAGGAAAAAAACAGAAGAUUCAAGGAGCUCAAAGCUUCUACGGAAGAGGAGGAUAGGACACAUAAGAAGGAGAGGUAUAAAGAAGCAAAACGGGGGGCAAAGAAAGCAGUAGCGGAGGCAAAAGAUCGCGCUUUUGAAGCCUUUUAUCAAAAGCUUGAUACUAAAGAGGGGGAGAAGUAUAUUUUUAUGUUGGAAAAAGCAAGAUCUAGGCAGAAGAAGGACUUAGUGACAGUGAAGUUCAUUAAAGAUGAAAGUGGACGAGUACUCCUUAGACAAGAGGACAUCAAAAUGAGAUGGCAUCAAUAUUUUAUCCAACUGCUCAAUGAGACUAGGGGUCCAAAGGAGGAAAUUUGA